AUGAAUUACAAUUUACAUAAUAUGAUUGGUGAUGUUAUUGAUAAUGUUGCACCACUUAAAGAACUAUUGGUUCGUGAAUUCCUAAAACGUCUUCGUUCAAAGUUAUACAGAAUUUUCACUAGAACUGGCUUCGCUUAUAAAGAGUAUGCUAAUCUACAUUUGUGCGGACUAAAUGACGAUUUUGUGAACUGUGCAACAUUUAUUAGUAACAACAUUGAUUAUGAUUAUCUAGAUAAUUGUAUAGUUAAAUGUGACAGAGCAUUUAACUUUCAAGAAUUGGAAAUGUUAAUGUUAGAAGGGCAAUCAUUAAGCUCAAGUGCUAUUGGUCCAGAUGAUUCAAUAAAGUCCCAGUACUCCGAGGGACACGGAAACAUCAAGCGGAUCCGGCUUUCUGAGUUUCCCGACGUUGAAAAAUGUCUUCUUGAGUGGAUCAAACAGACUCUCGAUAAAAACAUUCCCAUAGAUGGACCACUGUUAAAACAAAAAUCGCAAGACUUUGCCUUAAAAUUGGGAGUUGAAAACUUUUCAGCCAGUAAUGGCUGGUUAGAGGGUUUUAAAAAACGGAACGACAUAUCGUUUAAGAAAGUAGCUGGAGAAAGUAAAUCAAUGGAUCUAGGAGUGUGUAGCCAAUGGACAAAAGACUUACCAAAUCUUUUAGAAGCAUAUGAUGCAGAGGAUAUUUAUAAUGCUGAUGAAACCGCUCUGUUCUAUAAGUGCCUACCGGAUAAAACAUUUAUAUUUAAAGGCGAAAAAUGCCACGGAGGUAAACAGAGUAAAGAUCGCCUUACUGUUUUACAGUAUGUCAAUAUGAUCGGUACGGACAAACUUCCUCUGUUGAUUAUCGGGAAAUCUAAGCGGCCAAGGUGUUUCAAAGGCGUCAAGACUCUACCCGUCGAUUAUGCGAAUAAUACAAAAGCUUGGAUGACCAAAGAAUUGUUCAAAGAUUGGUUGAGAAAAGUUAACAAGCAAAUGAUAAUAAAACAAAAAAAAAUUUUGCUUAUUAUAGACAAUUGUACUGCACACACAGAUUUACUAAAACUGGAAAAUGUUAAAAUUCUGUUCUUACCUGCAAAUACCACCAGUAAACUUCAACCGUUAGAUCAAGGCAUCAUACACACAUUUAAACGAUUCUAUCGUAGAGAAGUUGUUAAUCAUACUCUCAAGUGUUUGGACGAAAGUGUUAGCUUCAGAGCUUCAGAUCUCAGGAUCAAUGUACUUUUAGCAAUGAAAUUUGCAAGAAAAGCGUGGUACGCAGUAAGUGGCGUUACCGUUCAAAAUUGCUUCAAGAAAGCUGGAUUUCAUAUUAAUAAACAAAAUAUUCUGCCAGAUGAAAGUGAGGUUGAACUUGAAGUCGGACCUAGUGAUGACGAAUGGGCCAAGCUUGUGUCUCAUGAAACAACUGAUUUUGAGGUAAUGCCGACCUUUGAUGAUUUCAUACGAAUUGACGACGACGUGGCUACUGCUGGAGAAUUCACCGAAGAUGAUAUUAUUCAAAAUUGCGUGACUGACGGGAAUGAAAGUGACGAUGAUGCUGACCAAUCACAGAGUUUGGAUAAAGAACUCGAAAAAAUACCAAAAAAGCAAGAAGCUUUAAAGGCUUUGGAGACGCUCCAUAAGUUUUUUGAAUAUUCAGCGAUUGAGAUAAAAAUAGACGAAGCACUAAGCGGCAACGAUGCUCAAUCGUGGAAGCGUGAUAUCGUUGAAAAAGUGAAAUCACAUCUGGAAAAUGAUGUAUGGGAACUGGUCACUAGACGUAAGGAAAGAAGCAUAUGA